UUUGACACACACACACACACACACACACACACGCACGCUCUCUUACUGUAGAGCAGCGUGAAGCUUUAUCCAGGUCGGAACAAAACAUUUGACAAGUGUAAGAGUGUAGAAGUAGAUCUUUCUGUCUCAAACUAUAGUGAUGCCUUCAGACAGACCGUUUAAACAGCGGCGGAUGUUCGCUGAUCGCUGCAAGGAAGUGCAGCAGAUUCGAGAGCAGCAUCCUAAUAAAAUUCCGGUUAUCAUUGAACGGUACAAGGGAGAAAAGCAACUUCCUGUUUUGGACAAGACCAAGUUUCUAGUCCCUGAUCAUGUCAACAUGAGUGAACUGGUGAAGAUUAUCAGGCGUCGACUGCAGCUGAACCCCACUCAGGCCUUCUUCCUUUUGAUCAACCAGCGCAGCAUGGUCAGUGUGUCCACCCCUAUUGCUGAAAUCUAUGAGCAGGAGCGUGAUGAAGAUGGUUUCCUUUAUAUGGUCUAUGCCUCCCAGGAGACAUUUGGCUUCUAAGUUCUCCACUGGCAUUGUGUAAUGAAGAAAGCCAAACGAAGCCUGGAGAAAUAAUGCAGGUUCCAGCUAACCGUAGCCCUGUGAUCUGUCCAUUUCUCUCUGUAUAAGACAUACCUUUGCUCCUGCCAUCAUUAAAUAAACACUACGUUCAUUGUGUCUGGUGAAGACACUUGUGUGCAUAUGGCAGUGCUAUUCUACCUACUAGUUUGCCCGUUUAACCUUAUCAACUUGACUCUCUUAUUCAACGUAAUAUAAGCCUGUGUGUGUGUUCGAGCUGUUGUGCUCUGGUUCUGUUUGUUUUUUAGUUCAUUUUAUGUUCUUUGAUUUUAUUGCUUUUAGGGCCAGUGUGUAAAAUAAUGAGUAACAUGUCUCAUGCCAUUGUAAGUAGGUCGGUGUCUGUUGUAUUCAUUAUUUUAAUCAGUCAGUGGGUUUCAGGUAAUUUGGGUGUUCCAUUUUCUUCAUUUGCUUGCUUAUGGUGAUCAGCGAAUCGGUGCUGAAGUUAAACUUUAAGAUAUUUUUUAAAAUCUCUACACAUUAGGAUUCAAAGUAAGGCCACCGUGUAUGCACAGGACCACUACAAGCCUCCAAACCAACUUACAGAAUCAGAAUCUGAGAUCAGCUACCAUGUUGUGGGAUUUUAUAAUACUUUGUACCCUAUGUUCCCUUCCCUUUUAGUGAAUCAGGAAAUUGCUGUAUGUCUCUUCAAUUGAGACUGGAAACAGUAGACAGGGAGCAGUUGCACUGUCCAUUGCUGCUUAUGGUCUCAUUGAAGCAAAAUUAGGUUUGUAGUACUUUUAAGUCCAUUUUCUCUUCGGGUUCAAAAUGUGGGAUUGUGAGUGUGGUGUGGAAUGCAUAAGAAAAGCAGUCUGAGAGGGAAAAAAGCUGAUUCACAGUCAGUGUUAUUUUGCCCUACUGUAGUAUGUAAUGGGUCCUGUAAACUAAAUUAAGUAAAAAUAUGCUUAUUUUGCACUAAUAAAUUAGCCAAGAAGAUAGACUUCAUUUUCCAAUAUUUUAGCAGUUUUAUGUAUCUUAUUUCUUUCCUUUAUAUCACUAUGCGAUGUAUUUGCCUUCGGUUCCAACUUGAAUGAAGGGUUUGUGAUGCAAUACACAGAUUGCAUGUUUUUCUCAGCCUUUUUUAUAUAUUGAUUUAUGCUAUUAUAUUUGUUACUUUUUUCUUUAUUUAAAGUAGAAAAAAGGUAUUUUUAGAUGUUUUCAAACCAAAAGAAAAAAUUAUGUAUCUAUGUUUGAAGCACAAGUGUAUAUAAACGAGCAUAUGAUUAGCA